AUGUCCACACAACUACCCCCCGAUAUCAAGGAACCACAAGACCCUUCUACUUCCACUUCCCCCUCGUUCGAGCGCUGGCGACAUUCCCUCGCCCUGUUCACCGGCAUGGGGCUUAGCCCGGCUGAGCAGGAGGAAAGACUCAAGCUCCAGGAUGCGGGAAAGCUUGAAAAAGAUUGGGACAAGUGUGAAAAGUGGAAACGAGAUCUUUCCAACUACAGUCCCAUAGUGUCUUUCCUCCUCAACCACCUGAGAAUAUCUGGAUGCGCCUUCCCCUCAUCUUCUAUCCAAUGUCACCCCUGCCCAGAAAACCGAGCUGGUGGUUUCGCCCCCGAGCAUGGUAUUCUUCUCUGCCAGGACCGGUUUUUCAACAAAAAGCACAUGGAAGAUACAUUGGCGCACGAAUUGAUACAUGCGUAUGACCAUUGUCGGUUUAAGGUCGACUGGGGAAAUCUGAGGCACCAUGCGUGUAGUGAAAUUCGGGCAGCCAACCUUUCGGGUGAUUGCAGGGCUACGAGAGAGUUCAAGAGAGGCUUCUACGCGUUCAACAAACAGCACCAGGCGUGCGUGAAGCGCCGAGCCAUCCUCUCGGUUCUUGCCAACCCCUCUUGCAAAUCACCAGAAAUGGCCGAGAAGGCUGUCAAUGAGGUCUGGGAAAGCUGCUUUGCCGACACACGGCCGUUCGACGAUAUAUACUAG